AUGCCGGAAACAAAGUCAAAACUCCUUGAAUCUCUCGAACAAGAUGGCUUCGUUCUCAUCCCCUCUCUUCUAAGUCAAGCAGAGAUUGAUUAUCUCCGUAUCGAAGCGGAAAAAACUGUCGACCUUGCUCGCUCUGGCUCAUGGCCAUAUGUUCGAACGCUUCCCAAGCAAUUUCCACCUUGGAACAUAGGAGAAGGAGAGUCACCUGCGAAAGAUGGUAUUUGGGGUGUUCAAUCACUCAUGAAUCCCAAGCUUGCAACUUCAUCAUCAUUUAUCAAGAUCUACUUCUCGGAUAAGAUGUUGGGUGUAGUGAAAGAGCUCCUGCAAUGCGAGGACGAAGAUUUAGUCAUGGAACUAUUUAAUUUAUUGAUUCGUCCUGAUCGCGACUUCGAGCUUCGUUGGCACCGAGAUGAUAUCCCAUCUUCUGCCACGGCUGAAGAGGAACUCGCAAGACUAGCGGAGCCUGCAUGGCAUGCGCAAUGGAAUAUGGCAUUGUAUGAUGAUUCUUCUUUGAUUGUGGUUCCCAAGUCUCACAAGAGGGCGAGGACCGCCGCAGAGAGAGAUAUGAGUGAAUAUGAGAUGGGAGUACAGGGCGAGAUCAGAGUAGAGAUGAAAGCGGGAGACGUGGUGUUUUAUGACAACAACAUUUUGCAUAGAGGAAAGUAUGAGAGUGGUAAGGAAAGGGCAACACUACACGGGAGUGUAGGUCAUCGGAAUGGCAAGGGAGUGAGAGCCAGGAACGUACUGCAGCAUGGAUUGAGGGAGCUGUUAAGCGACAACGCUGACAUCAUUGAUAAAUUCCAGUGGGUUGGUGAUAUUGAUCUUAGUGUACUGAACGAAGAAGAGAAAAAGAGAGCGGAGGGAAUGAGGAAGAGAUUAUUGGGCAUGGCUGAAGAGAGUGGUGAAGUAGGUUAUUCAUUGGAUGGAUGA